GGUGGCGGUCUGAGAGCGGGGGACGUAUGGUGAUAAGGCGGUGAUAAGGAGGGAGGAGGCCGGUGUUCUCAGGUGAGUCAAUAAUAAAAAAAAAAAGCACUCUGCUGAAUGUGGUCCGGCUCAAGGUGAUUCGACCGCCUCAUCAGUCACAGGGACAGGACCACCGUCGACCUCGCCGGACAGCAGCAACAUUAAAACCAGAACUUUUCAAUCUGCUCAGAAAAUCCUUGGAUAAAACCCAACCGAAGAGAAUAUCAACAGGUCAUAGAGACAUUGUGUUAUCUACAGCUCCAGAAUGCCACACCGCAACUGCUCCAUAGAGAUCAAUAACGGCUCCAGCUCCUACACACUGGCCAACCCCCGGGUGUUCACCGAGAGCGGUAACUGUGAAGUUCCUCUGCCACCGAUGGUCGGGCCCUAUUCCUCUGUCAGCGCCUUCUUCAACAAAACAACAGCAUCAGCGACUGGCACCGUGGGCGUCUUCACCUAUGAUCUGUUCAACCCCGACCUCAACGACUACAGCCACGUCAUGGCUGUCAUGUUCUCUGUGCCCUACGACCGCAACCUCUACUCCAACUGGUUUGCCGUGGGGAUUUUUGACAGAGGGGACGAAUGUGACUACAACCUUUACGACAUUAUGUACAACGGCUCAGAAAACAACUUUGUCCGAGCCAAAGCCGACGGCUCCAGCAUCGGGUAUGAAGGAGACUACGUGGUUGUCCGGGCCUCCAUGUCAGACUCCGGAGAAGCCGUGCUACGAGUAGACGUCAAUGACACUGCCAUGUAUUGAGUCCGAAGAAAAAGAUAGAAAGAUAGUAAAAUAUCUCUUUGUGUGAAAUUCAACCAAUAAAUGACA